GAAUUGUAGCACCAAUUGACGACAACAACACAGCAACUAAUCCGAACCGUGAUCCUGUUGCGCCGAUUGUUCUCUUCUAGUUUGUUCCGUUUUCAUUAGUUGGUCCUGCACAAUGUUUUCCCGAUGCUCGGCUUCGCUCACCCGUUCGGCGGCGCAGGGCUACCGUCGGUUCCAGAGCACGCUCGUCGUGGCCGAACACAACAAUGAAACGCUCAAUCCGAUCACGGGCAACGCCGUCACCGCGGCGAAGAAACUCGGAGGAGACGUAACGGUUCUCGUGGUCGGCACCAAGGUCGGUCCGGUGUCCGAGGCGGCUGCCAAGCUGGACGGUGUGGCCAAAGUGCUGGUCGCCGAAGGUGACGCAUACAAGGGACUACUGGCCGAGGCGGUUACCCCGCUCGUGCUGGCCACACAGAACCAGUUCAAGUUUACGCACAUCGUGGCCGGAGCCACCGCGUUCGGUAAAGCCGUUCUGCCGCGCAUCGCGGCCAAGUUGGACGUUUCCCCAAUUUCGGAGAUUAUCGGCGUAAAGUCGCCCGACACGUUCGUGCGCACGGUGUACGCCGGAAACGCGAUUCAAACCAUCAAAUCGAAGGACCCGGUAAAGGUGCUAACGGUGCGCGGUACCAAUUUCGAGCCGGCUGGCAGCGGUGGCAGCGGAAAGGUUGAAAAGGCACCCGAAGGCGACUUUGCAAGCAAAACCACGGAGUACGUGUCGCAGGAACUAACCAAAUCCGACCGCCCGUCACUCACGGCGGCCAAAAUUAUCAUCUCCGGUGGGCGAGGCAUGAAGUCGGGCGAUAACUUUAAGAUGCUGUACGAUUUGGCCGACAAGUGGGGCGCUGCGGUCGGUGCUUCGCGUGCCGCCGUCGACGCUGGGUACGUGCCGAAUGAUCUGCAGAUCGGGCAAACCGGAAAGAUCGUUGCCCCCGAGCUAUACAUCGCGAUCGGCAUUUCCGGUGCCAUUCAGCAUCUGGCCGGCAUGAAGGACUCGAAAACGAUAGUUGCGAUCAACAAAGACCCGGAAGCGCCAAUCUUCCAGGUCGCCGAUUACGGCCUCGUAGCCGAUCUGUUCAAGGCGGUGCCGGAAAUCAACGAAAAGUGCUGAUAGUGCACGACCACGUGUCCCACUGUGUGUCAAUCGGCUUUUCUUUAUAUUAGUUCUAGGCGCAAAAAUUUAGCUACAGUAUAUAUAACAGGCUCGAUCCCCGUAGCGAUCCACUCAUCAGUUGUAGUCCAUCCAUCUGCGUGCUACCUCAGCGUAUUGGCAUUCCCGGAUUUACUUCUUCGGUGCAAUAAUUCCUUCCAGUUGGGCCUGCAUUACGAAACGGGAAAUAAAAGUUUGUGAAUAAACGUUCCUUUCUACAAAAAAACCACA